CGUACUGUCAUGGCCAACGACUGCAAGCCUGAUGGGAACACCGUGCAGGUGCUGCGGGACGUGGCCAACCGCCUUCGAAUUCAUUCUAUCAGGGCUACGUGUGCAUCCAGCUCCGGCCACCCCACUUCAUGCUGCAGCGCAGCCGAGAUCAUGUCCGUGCUCUUCUUCCACACCAUGAGGUACAAACAGGCAGACCCAAGACACCCCGACAACGACCGAUUCGUCCUCUCUAAGGGCCAUGCUGCUCCAGUCCUCUAUGCCGCUUGGGCAGAGCUGGGCAACAUCAGCGAAUCUGACUUGCUGAACUUGAGGAAAAUUCACUGUGACUUGGAGGGACAUCCCACCCCAAGAGUGCCGUUUGUUGACGUGGCAACAGGGUCACUUGGGCAAGGAUUGGGUGCCGCGUGUGGAAUGGCGUAUACUGGCAAGUACUUCGACAAGGCCAGCUACCGGGUGUUCUGCCUUAUAGGGGAUGGCGAAUCCUCCGAAGGCUCUAUCUGGGAGGCUUUGGCCUUUGCUUCUCACUACAAUUUAGACAAUCUGGUGGCAGUCUUCGACGUGAACCGCUUAGGACAAAGUGGAGUCACACCUCUUGGCCACUGCACAGACAUCUAUCAGAAUCGCUGUGAAGUCUUUGGAUGGAAUACUUACCUAGUGGAUGGCCAUGAUGUGGAGGGAUUAUGCCAAGUGUUUGGGCAAGCGGCUCAAGUGAAGAACAAGCCCACUGCCAUAAUUGCAAAGACCUUCAAGGGCCGGGGUAUUCCAAAUAUUGAGGAUGCCGAAAAUUGGCAUGGAAAGCCCAUGCCGAAAGACAGAGUAGAUGCAAUCAUCAAAUUAAUUGAGAGUCAGAUACAGACCAACAGGAAUCUAAUUCCCAAACCUCCCAUUGAAGACUCACCUCAAAUCAGCAUCAGGAAUAUAAAAAUGACCUGUCUGCCUGAUUAUGUAGUUGGUGACAAGAUAGCUACUAGGAAAGCCUUUGGUUUGGCUUUGGCGAAAUUAGGCCACGCAAAUGAAAGGGUUAUUGUCCUGGAUGGUGACACAAAAAACUCCAACUUCUCCGAGAUAUUCAAUAAAGACCACCCUGAGCGUUUUAUUGAGUGUUUUACUGCUGAGCAAAACAUGGUGAGUGUGGCACUAGGCUGUGCCACACGUGGUCGAACCAUUGCUUUUGUUAGUACCUUUGCUGCCUUUUUGACCAGAGCAUUUGAUCAGAUAAGGAUGGGCGCCAUAUCUCAAACCAAUAUCAAUCUUACUGGUUCCCACUGUGGGGUAUCCAUUGGUGAAGAUGGACCCUCCCAGAUGGCUCUGGAGGAUCUAGCCAUGUUCCGAAGUAUUCCCAACUGUACCAUUUUCUAUCCAAGUGAUGCCGUCUCAACAGAGUAUGCGGUUUAUCUGGCUGCCAAUACCAAAGGAAUGUGCUUCAUUCGGACCAGCCAACCAGAAACUGCAGUUCUUUAUAACCCUCAAGAAAAUUUUGAGAUUGGACAGGCCAAGGUCAUCCGCCAGAGUGUCAAUGACAAAGUCACAGUUAUUGGAGCUGGAGUUACUCUGCAUGAAGCCUUAGCAGCUGCUGACAGUCUUUCUCAACAAGGUAUUUCUAUCCGUGUCAUUGACCCAUUCACCAUUAAACCCUUGGAUGCCCCCAACAUCAUCUCCAAUGCAAAAGCUACAGGUGGCCGGAUCAUCACAGUGGAAGAUCACUACCGGGAAGGUGGCAUUGGAGAAGCUGUAUGUGCAGAUGUCUCUGGGGAGCCUGGCAUCCUUGUUCAUCAACUGGCAGUGUCAGAAGUGCCUCAAAGUGGAAAACCGGGCGAAUUGCUGGAUAAGUUUGGAAUCAGCGCCAGACACAUCAUAGCGGCUGUGAAAAAUACUUUAAUGAACUAACAUAGCUGAUUUCUUAAGUCUGUUGGCUGGCUUUGCUUUGAUCUUAAAACAGUGGCGUCUUUAUAUUACAUUCGUUUGGUUGUUGUUACCAAACCAUCAUUUAUAUCUAUGCCAUUGUGCUUUUUUUUAAGAGAGUGACAUGGAACACCUUUCUUCAUUCCUAAUUCUUUCUGUUAAACUGUCACUAUCCGUUAAACUAUCUGUAUAUAUACAGGUGUUGCUCUCAUUUUUAAAUCAUUAAAGUAGGUUAUAACAUUUUGAGUAACAGAAUAGCAAAAAAAAUAACCACCUCAGAGUUUCCUGGAAGACUACAAAUAACUGGGUUGAGAAUCAACAUAGAGCUAACAGUUUUGCAAAUGUGUGUAAUUUCCUUGUAAAUAAAAACAAAACAAAAAACAAAACAUAAAAAAGUGAAUUUAAUUGUAAGCUUCGAUAGUCCAGGUUUUGAAGCAAGUUCCAGCUUUCAUGGAAUUCUAUUCUAUCUGAUGCUUCCUGGAUAAUGUUUGACUGCAAUUGGCUUGAAAUUCCCUCUGAUGUCUGCCUCAUCUCUCCUCUACCAUUUAGAAGCUGUAGAGCAGCACUAAAUGCCUGUAUGAUGUCCUGGCCUGCAUGUGGUGACUGUUUCACAAAGAGAUGAAAGCAUAACUCGUUCUAGUCUGCAUCUCACACUGUUCUGUGAGGUUUGAGAAGUGUUUUAUUUUCUCAGUGAUCAAACCAGACUGCUAACGUGAUUAUAUUCAUCUAAGGAUACUAACAUCAUUGCAAUAAAGCACUGAAAACCUAGCAGC